GCAAACAUCUAAGAAAUGAGUCAACAUAGUGAAGAAUGUUCCUGUGUAGCCACACACGACCUCUAAAACUCAGGAAAACUGGUACACCGUAUCCAACAUCAAUCCAUUAUUGCGAGUCUUUUUCUCUCUUUACAGAGGUCUGGGUUAUUCCUGUCUAUCAAUUUUGGACAAGACAGCUACAAGCUGAUAGGAACGAACGAUGCCUGCGAUGUUGGACGCCCCGCUGAAGCCCUACCAGCACCAUAACGCCAGGAGGGUGGAGCCACGGCCAAUAGAACAGCUGCAGAAGUCAAGAAUAUCCACCAGACCGCAACAGAACCUUCAAGACCAGGACAUGAUGUUUGAACGGAACAAAUCAGUCUAUUCCAGAAGCCAACAUGUCAUUCCGACCGCUAACGGCAUGGUGGAACGAAACAAGACUUAUGCAAGGUACCAGAGAGAAAAUCCUGUCCAGGACAUGGCAGAACGUGCCAGUCAGGCUUCUUCGGUCUGCUCCGAUAAGGAACUCUUCGCUUCUAGACGGAGCAGUGUGGUUAGCUCAAGGAGGUCCUCAGUUUCCGAGGAGUAUUGUGGACAGGUUGAGGAAGAUAGGGAACCAACCCCAAAUCAAAACACAUUCCCUAACGGUACACUGGUAACAGAAGAGGACGGUGCUGGGGGUGUUGAAGACACUGACAGCCCGUCAGACGACAAGUGGAUGUUGCUUCGCAUGUUCGGAGUCCUGUAUGGACUGUUGAUGUUUGCUGUUGGCACCAUGUUGCCCGCAGCCCAGCUCUUCUCGUCUGACAUCUCCCAGGCAACCGUGGAGGCGUUCUACCUGUACCUGUUCCUGGUGGGCGCGCUGUGGAUGGGCGCGGUGCAUGCCUGCAGCAUCAUGGCUGCUCGCGGCGGACGAACUGUUGACAAGCCGGACUCAACCGUCAACACUUACCUAACAGGAGCAGCGUCCUUUUUCGGUUUCUGCACCAUUCUAAUUUCUGCGUUCAAGUUCGGCACGUAUGUCUACUCCGACGCCAACGACGACUCAGGCGGAGCUUGCGAAAACAUCCUUCUGGCCGUGACACCUGUGUGUGAGGCGGUCUUCACUCUGCUCCUGGUGCACCACCUCUGGCACCACGCCUGGAGCAACAGGACACGUCGCGGCAAGCUUCACGUGCUGACAAGUUUCGGGGUCAUGCAUACCGUUGCUACGUGCGGCUGCGCCUGGAUACGCACCGUGAUCAUCGAGGCCUGGAUAGAUGUAAAGCGUCUGACCCCCGACGACACGCCCAGCCUAGCACCCUCUACAGACGUGCCUGCGGCUUUCGGAGUCUCAAACUGCUCGUUCAACGGUUCUGGACUGCCGGUUGAAUCUGUCACGACAUUUGCAUUGAACACCAGCAGCGCCACCCCAGCAGCAGUGGUGCGACGGUCUGUUGAAGACGAAGUCGAAGUAUUCAACAUCACCGAAACAACAAAUGCGGCCAAUAUGUCAGAGGCGUCUAUGGACUGCCUGAGAGAAAGGGCGUUCUUGACCACGCUGGACCCCCUUCUGUAUCCUAGCAACGUGGAGUUCUACAUCCUCAGUGUUGGCCUUAUUCUAAUCCUUUGGAGCAAGAUGGCGGAGGCGAACGAGGUAGUGAGCCCUCCUCGACGAUGGUCCAUGGAGAAGUCUAACGGAGGAACCGUUCUGAGCUUCUUGCUGUUCGUCGUCACCAUCUGUGUCAUCGUGUUAUACCACAACGACCCGAGCCCUGGCAGCGCUGCCUUCGUCGUCUACUACGCUCACAGAAUCGUUCUUCUGCUGACAAUGACGAUAGCUUGUGUGUUCACCUGCGUUCGGCGACGUCGUGCCGUGGAGAAAGGUGGGUGGACCCUUGACCCUGAGCGGGAUAAUCGACUGGGCAUGAUCAUCAUCCUACUGUGCGUGACGACGAUCUACUUCAGGGAUCUACUCACCGCCGUGGCCGCCAUCUUUCUGAACCAACCCGAGCUGAUACCAGGAAUAGUCCUGAUGGAGGCACUUUUGGAUGUCGUCUUGGUAACGACGCAGUCUGCUGUCGUGCUGGACACGUUAAGCAGGAUCCCGCCCACCGCUGAGUUCUGCCCGGAUCUGACCCGACAAGCCGUCGUCUUCCUGGUUCUCUGCAACGCCAGCCUGUUUGUCAUCUGCACUAACGACGCAAAUGACCACGGGACAGACUUGGUUCAGAUUGAGUACUUUGGUGUGAUCAUGUGGUCCGUCCUUCGCAACAUAGUACAGCCCUUUGUGAUAUUUCACCGAUUCUAUUGUUCUGUGUCCUUCAUGGAAGUCUGGCUACGAGGCUAACAACAUAUUCAUGUGUCACAAUCAUUUGUAUAUCGGACGAUAUUUCUAACAUUGACAUGAUGUACUUGGAGCUUGAUUUUUCUGUUAAUGUACAUGUGAUUCUUGACUGUUUUCAUUUCUCUGUUUCUAAACCAUGUACAUAGUUUUUUUAUAUCUCCACGUUUUGAAAGUUAACUGAAAGUGGUUAUGUUGUAACGUUAUAUGCAAACCAUCCAAAUUUCAAUUGUUGAUAUUUUUCAACCAACGGAGAAACCGAUUUCAAAAUAGAAAGAGACAGCUUGGAUUUCUUCUAACCACCUUUAAUUUGUAUAUUUAAUAUCAUCCAUUAGCACAAGAAAAUGCGAAGCAGAAUAAAAGCAUGUAAAAAAUCCCCAGAAAUGAUUAGCACCAUGUUGCACAAUCGUAACUGGUACACGUAUCUUUAUCUCAUUGUGAUCUCUCUACAUCAGUCAGUCGAUAAUGAAGAUUACUCAACCUAUUGUGUUAUUAGGCAAUAACAUAGUACACAACAUGUAGGACUGGUUCAAAUACACGACUGGACAUGACAAAUUCCCUUUGUCAACCCACAUGUCUCUCAAUUCCAUGUUUCAAUACUAUGGUAUUGUUUUUGUCUCGCGAGAACUUACGAGGUGAUAGAACUGAGUGUCUAUCUUGCAUUUCAAGGAUAUUUUAAGUUGAAUUCAAAAUGGGCAAAUCUCAUUUCUUGUACCCAGGUUGAAAAAAAAACAUACAAGAGCAGUUCUGUUACAUACAAACAUGUCUUCAUACAUUGUACUAUAUAAUCGCGUAAGGAAUAUUCUUCUCCCCUCGUCUCCAUACAAUCUUAAA